GAGAUUUCACAUGCAGACACUAUAUUUGAUCAAAUUUUGCAUUAAACACCAACCUUUUUCUUUUUUUUUUUCCCAUCUUCCAUUUCAUCUGUAACAUCCCCUUUAUCAUUUUAUCAUUCGUUUAUUUUCCAUACAAUGGAACCGUGCAAUCAAUUUACAGUAGUGCCGUUGGACGACAAAUUCGUGCUUCCGGGUGUCAUUACUCGGAUUGUCAUCCAAGGCACAGAAGCCAUGGCGUUAACAAAAAACCAUUUUCGAGCCGCCAAACAUGACCAGAUCUUUUUGUUCGCAUGCGUAUUGCUGUCACCAAAAACUGCCAGUGAUGCAUUCGCGGAUACACCCGAUGAUCAUCACGUACCCUGCCAUGUCCCCCUGUUCCCAAUGAGCAAUGUGUCAAACAUGGACUAUGCAAAACGAGACGGCCAACGCUUGGUUCCUGCAGCCGCUCAACGACGCAUUUUAUCACAUGGUUGUCUAGCACGCAUUGUUCGAGUUCAGAAACUGGAUAAAGAGAAAUUUGGGUUGUUCAUUCAAGGCAUGUCACGGUUUAAAUUGGAGAUGCUGCUUCCUCAUGAAGACGGUCUCACUGCACGUGUAACGAUCAUCCAUGAUAUCACAACGUCAAGUACAAAAGAAACGAUGGAUGAACUUCGACAUACGGGUGCGCAGAUAUUAGCCCGUGCGCCCAGUUUGCAAAUCCCUUCACCAACUCAGCGUCAAUUAAGUAGCAUUUUGUCAUCCAACAAUGCAUCCUGGCCGACGCAAGCCGUUACGGUAGCAGAGAUACUAGCCACCAUUGCAGACAUCUCUCUGGAAGAAAAAUUGGAGAUACUACAGCUAAGAGAAACAGGUCAUCGGAUAAUGACCGUGGUGAAAUGGGCCAAACGGUCUUUGAAUACUGUGCAUCUUACAGAACGAAUCUAUGCCACGGUGUAUGCCAAUGUCAGUCAACAACAGCGCGAAUUUUUUCUUCAUCAACAGAUGGAUAACCUGCAGUCUCAACUGGAUGACGGGGAGGAACAAGACGAUGACACGAUAUUGGACUUGAAGACUCUGCAUACGAAGUUGGUGGAAGCGUCCAUGCCAGAGAAAGCUGUCGCGGUAGCUCAACGUGAGUUGCGGCGUCUCAAGCAAUUGCAACCGACGUCAGGCGAAUGGAUGAUCACCUACACUUAUUUGGAUUGGAUGGCCCACUUGCCAUGGAACCACACCUCAAACGAUAGAGUGAAUAUCAUGGAAAUAAGAAAACAACUGGAUGAUGAUCAUUUUGGUCUGAAUCAUGUAAAGAAGCGGAUUGUUGAUUAUCUAUCCAUUCGACGUAUGAUUGACCAGCGCCGGUCACCUAUUUUAUGUCUGGUCGGACCACCAGGUGUAGGGAAAACCUCGGUGGCGCUCAGCAUUGCAUCAGCCUUGGGUCGACGGUUUCAUCGCAUAUCUUUAGGUGGGGUUCGAGAUGAAGCAGUUAUACGAGGCCAUCGACGGACGUACGUGGGUGCCAUCCCAGGCGUCAUUAUUCAGGGUGUACGACGGUGCGAUGUAAAGAAUCCACUUUUCUUGUUAGAUGAAAUUGAUAAAUUGGGUGACUCCAAUAGGAGCGGCAGACCAGCGGCAGCCUUACUUGAGGUGCUGGAUCCGGAACAAAAUGAGACCUUUACCGAUCAUUAUCUUGGUGUUGCGUUUGAUCUGUCGCAAGUUCUGUUUAUUGCAACAGCGAACAAUCUCAACGCAAUCCCGCCGCCUUUGCUGGAUCGGAUGGAAGUAAUUCGUUUGGGCGGUUAUACCUUGGACGAAAAGCAAGCGAUUGCGCGAAAUCAUCUGCUCCCCAAACAAAUGAAAGAGCAUGGACUCUACGAGCAUCAAUUGGUCAUUGACGAUCACGUUUUGUCCAUCAUUGCCGAACAGUAUACAAGCGAAAGCGGUGUUCGUGGAUUAGAGAGAAGACUCGCCGCCGUUGUACGCGCCAAGUGCAUGGAACUAGCAGAACUGCAUCCCAUAAACGAUAGCAAACAAUACAAUCCGUAUGUCACUGAAGUCGAUGUUGAAAGUAUACUUGGGGGACCACUUGACAGAGUGCUCAAACUAGAAACGGCCCAUGUGGGCUCGGUGACUAGUCUAAUGUACUUGAGCAGCGGUCAAGGUACUGUUGCCUUUGUGGAAACGGCAAGAAUGCCAGGAAGUGGCAAGCUUGUAGUGACGGGGUCAGUGGAUGAAGCGACCAAGGAAUCCGUCAUGAUUGCAUUAUCUUGGAUCAAAUCCCACGCUCCUCCCCUGGGACUCACUUUAUCCCGAUAUGCCAAUAUAACCGAUAACCAGGCAAUCCAUGUUCAUUUCUCGAAUAAAUCAUCGUACCAUCAUAGUGCAGACGCAGGUGUUGCCAUUGCCAUAGCCCUCAUCUCAUUAUUUUCUGGAUCCAUGCUAUCCACGUCGUUAGCCAUCACGGGAGAACUCACACUUCAGGGAAAUAUACUUCCCGUAAAAGAUGUAAAAGAAAGAGUGGUGGCUGCCCAUCAGGCUGGUAUACAAAAGAUCAUUCUUCCGCUACGAAAUCAACCACAUGUUCUUGCCUCCAUCCCCGAAUCCAUUCGACAUAAAAUGCAGUUUGUCUAUUGCAAAAAUAUUUGGGAGGCCAUCCAAGCCUCGUUCAAUCCUUCGUUAAAGAUCAUCAACUACGAUUCAUCCCGAGCUCGGGAAAGCCAUUUGUAAAAUAUAAAUAUACCCGCCAUGACCAGAAAAAAAACUUGUCUCUUGCACCUGUUUCGCUCCGUCUCAAAAUCAUCCAAAAUAUUCAUGAUGAAUG